UAUUCGGCAAAAUGACUAGUAAUUAAUUCUUAAAAGCUCUCAAUUACUAUUUUGUAGUAUCUUUUUCUUCAGCAUUUUGCAUGUCAUAUAUUUAUGGUGCUAAGAACCACAAAUUUACUGAAAGUAUACAAAAAUUUGGAAGAAUAUUCCAAAAAAAAAAAAAAUCUAAAAUAUGCAACCAAACUCAAUUUCUAUGAGCUAUCUAUUGAUGAUUAUUUUAUGCUGCCUUGGUAUUCUCACAAGAUAUUCCUCUUUGUUUAUGAUGUCAAAGCUUCUUUGCUUUGUCUUUACUUGAUUUCUUGAAUAUAUAGCUCUGUCAAUCUUGAGCAAGUUGAGGCUUAUCAGAAGAGGGAACAGCUAAGUUAAGCUUGGUGACCAUGGGAGUGUGUGGCAGUUCAGAAAGAAAAUCUAAGAGUUCUAUUCGCCAUGGGAGGCACCCCAAAUACGCUAGCAAAGGUGGGGAAGAUAUCAGCAAGAAAAGCAGGAAGAUCCCAUCUGCCACAGUGCAUUCAGAGGGUGUAAUUCUAAAGUCACCCAAUUUGAAGAGAUUCUGCUUUAGUGAACUAAAAGCGGCAACUGGGUAUUUCAAUCCGGGUAAUUUGUUAGGUCAUGGUGGUUUUGGUUUGGUAUACAAAGGGUGGAUUGAUAAGUAUUCAUUAACAGCUUCCAGUCCUGAAAUGGGCAUGGAUAUUGCUGUAAAAAUGCUCAGAAAAAGGAGUAGUCAGGGCCAAAAGGAGUGGUUGACAGAAAUCAAAUACCUAGGGCAGCUACAGCAUCCAAAUCUUGUGAAAUUGAUCGGUUACUGCAUAGAGGAUGACAAACGUCUUCUAGUGUAUGAGUUUAUGCCCAAUGGUAGCUUGGAGAAUCAUAUAGUUAGAAGUGAGUAAUUGAUAUCUUCCUCUGUUUUGACAAUUAACCCUUGUAGCUUAAGGAGUAACUAGUCAAGUAAACUCAAAUAGGUAUUUGUAGGAAGAGGAAGUUCUUUCUUCCAGCCACUGUCUUGGCAUCUCCGUGUGAAAAUUGCCCUUGGUGCUGCUAAGGGUCUAGCAUUUCUUCAUGAGGCCCAAGUGAUAUAUCGAGACUUUAAAACUUCAAAUAUCCUGCUUGAUGCCAAUUAUAAUGCCAAACUCUCCGAUUUCGGCUUUGCAAAGGAUGGUCCAACAGAUGAUAGAAGCCAUCUUAGUGCAAGCAUCCUGGGUACCUAUGGCUACUUAGCUCCUGAGUAUGUGAACAAAGGUCGUCUGACCACAAAAGUUGAUGUAUAUAGUUUUGGAGUUGUUCUCCUGGAAAUGAUAUCAGGGAGAUCAGCAAUAGAGGACUACAGGCCAUCUGAGGAACAAAAUUUGGUUGAGUGGGCAAAGCCUCAUCUUGGCAGGAAACGUGAAGUUUUCCUUGUUUUUGAUGACUACAUUGAAGGUGAAAAUGCAUUGAGCGGAGCACUAAAAGCUGCAGAACUCGCAGUCCAAUGCCUAUCAACGGAACCAAGGCUUAGGCCAAGCAUGAAAGGAGUGGUAGAAGCUUUGGAACAACUUUAUGACUCCAGUUGACAUUCCAGAAUCUCAAACAGAAUUCAACCCAUUGUUACAUCAACCAGAUUCUGUUUACAAGUGUCCAUUGAAGCUUUGAUAUGAAAAGUUUGCUGUUGUUCCAAGGUCAUUUCUUCUCUUUAUAGCCAUCCUCAUUUCAAAGACAACCGUUCCUUCAAAUUUGAAGCCAUCAGAACAUGAUUAGCAUUAUCUUUGACUGCCAGAAUGCUGCAAAACCUAUGAAAGAUUACUGCAGUAACUACAAGAGGCACAUUUGGGUUUAUUGUGUUUGGAGUUCCUUUGUUUUGGAAUUUGUUUUAUUGUUUUAAUUUUUCAGUUUCCCUGACCAUAGUGACUUUAUCAAUGGAAAUGCUCUCCGUGUUUUGAAUUGAUAAAUUAAAAAGUAUAAUUAUUGAUUUGUAAUGAAUUUC